AUGAUAAAUAGACCAAUAUAUCGACAACUAUUUUACAACGGCUUCAACAGGUUGCGCAUAGCAUAUACUGGGCAACUUAUCAGUUAUCGAUUUAUCCUGCGUUCGAAUGUACGUGUCAGUCGUAAAUUACAACAAUUGGAAUUUGAUCAGGAAAAGACAACAACGGAAAGGAUGCAGGUAGAAAUUGAUGGUGUUGACGACGCUGUCGGCUUGUUGUUAUAUCAAGGUAAGAGAUUAAAUAAUGAUCAGUCGGCUGAGAUCCAAGGUGGUGCUUGUGUAUUGCAUAAACGUGGUUAUGAUGAUGAUUUAUUCAAGAUCGAGAAACAGAAACCAAAGUUCACCCAUGGCCAAAUUCGUGAUUUUGAAGCCCAUCUCAAUAAUAAAGAAGAAGAAGUUUAUGCACAAGCUAUCAUUAGACAAGUUGAGCAAUCAGCCGCCACGGCAACAGCAAUCAAGGCUAGAGCUAAAACAACAAAGAAACGUUCCACCAAACUGACAAAGACAAAGAAGAGUGUAGUCAAAGCAGCUACAAUAUCUUCACCCUCGCCACCGCCAUCACCACAAACAGCAUCAAAGGAUGAGUUUCUUUUCAAUAAAAAUGAAAGUUUACGCAACAUUUACAAUAAUUGGAACUUGACACAUUCGGAAAACUUACCCAUAGUGAGCCCACUUCUGUCAAAUGAUACCCCAUUCAAUUUUUAUACCAAACACAAUGCUGACCCGUCAAUAAUAAAAGCAGCACGAUUAGCAGCCACGAAGUUGUUAGUCAAUAAUUGGUGUCAAAUGCGAGAGUAUUAUAAAGUCUACGCGGGAUCUCCACGAUCACCUCCUACAAAGGCAAUGGAGCAAGGGACUCUUCAUCAUGCUAUUUUGGAGGAAGAGACUCAUCCACUGAUUGAUAUUAUGGACAUGUUGAUGUUUGUUUCUGAAAAGGCAUAUUCAUUAAAGAGGGAGUUAAAGGCCAAAGCAGGGUUAUUGAAUGAAGGACAAGAAAAUAGGUCACAAAAAAACUCCUUGAUAAUUAAUCUAGAUGUUGAGAAAGCUGUUAAAGCCAUAGAGGAAAUGCUAACGAUAUCCGAGGAAGAAAAAUUAGCCAAUGACUGGUCCCAUAAAGUAAUUGCCCGAUUAUUUGCGUUGUUAACAAACUCACAAGCUAGAGAGAUUCCUAUUCAUGGAUAUAUCGAUCUGAACAAACUAAAAUUCAUUGAAUCACAAGAUGGUGUUGAGACAUUGGAUAACUCGGUGCUUGUUUCGGCAAUUGUCGAUUUAUUCAAGUUUGGAAAUCAUAAAGAUCCAACUGAUUUAACAUUUGUCACUGAGAUGCAAAAUAUGAUGGAUUUCGAAUUUGGUAAAGAUCAAGCGGGACUUAAACCCGUGAUUGAUUUGACCAAGUUUAUACCCGAGACACAAAAGAUACUUACUGAGUAUAAUCGUGAUGGUAAUUUAUCACUUGUUAUAUCGGACGUCAAGACUCGAAGUGAAGAUAGUUUACCUCCACAACAAUCAGUUUUGAAUGGUGCCAGAAACCAAACUUUUCUCUAUCGCAAACUUUUCAACGGAUUAACUAAAAAUCCUCAAUUCACGUAUCGUGGGUUACUUGAAAAUGGAGUUAAAAGAAAAUUGGAUAUUGAUAAACCAUUGAGCCCAAUUAUGGUUUUGCAAAUGUUGCGAUUGAAUCCACACUUGUUUUAUAACGAUUUUGUGAAAUUGAGUAAUGGAGAACCAAUUGGCUUUGAACCAUUUGAUGAAGAUGUCAAAUUGAACAAGUUGACCGAAUCAAUAUCUGUAUUGGAGAUUGAGAGGUAUACAAUGGACAAGUCGGUUCCUCCACACCAUGAUGAUUUUCGAUUUGAUUUAUUAUUCCAAAAUGCAGAUGAAUUUUCAUUUACAUCACCAUCAAACAAAUCGUACUUGGGCGAGCUAGAACAAAUGGAAUCACAGUCCAAUCAACCAUUCCCUUAUUCUCGUUACAUGAAACCACUUUUGAAAACAUGGCAAACACCGCCAACACUACGAUAUCUAGCAGCAAGAUCAGCACAAUUUUUCCACUUGUUCAACAACUUUACUAAUGAUGCUACCACAGUGGAAUACCACAAUGCUAAAACUCAUGAAAUUUUUGAAAUUUGUCAAUAUCAAUACAAAGAACAAGAAAUCCAAUUAGAAUUGAAUCUGGCAUUUGGAUUUUGGUUCGGAAAGAUGUUGCCCAAAUUUGCUGAUUCUAAAACCAAAUGUAGAUUUUGUGAAUUCAAACUGAAAUGUAUUGUUGGUAGAGGGGAAGCUGAUGAUUUGAUAUAUAAACGGAAGAUGGUUGGUCCUAAAUUAAGAGAGUUUAUAGGCAAAAUUGUUUAA